GGUUUGAAAUUUUGGAGCGGUAUGGAAAAUAUUUCGAAGAAAAGCGUAUGGACUUUUCCGUUUUUACCAAAAAAAAUAAAUUUGAUAUAGAAGGCGGGCCGGGCGUUAAUACCCUUAUUUACCAUGGCCGAAUGUAUGUUUUGGCAGAUCGCUAUAGGAUCGGUCGACUAAUGGAUAUAUUAUUGCAAAAGUUUUACCAAGUUUUGGUUAAGUUUAAAAUACCUAAAUCGAAUUUUAACGAUAUUGUGGUAAUGGUACGAUUUUAUUAUACAAAAUUGGUCCCCGAAAGGUUAAAACGGUUGGUGGUAUAUUAUAUUUCCUGUAACGUGGAAACUUUAUAA